AUGACUAAGCUUACAGUGAAGGAGGUUCUAUUUGUGUGGUCACCGGAGUGUGAGGUGAGUUUUGCAAGCCUCAAGCAGAUGUUGACUACCACGCCGGUGUUAGCACUGCUUGAGCAGAACGAGAACUACGUUGUGUUUACAGAUGCUUCUGGUGUGGGGUUGGGUUGUGUGCUUAUGCAGCAGAGGAAGGUUACCGAAGUGUUUUGGGUGAGUUUGAGACAGUUUCGAGGUGAUUUGGAUCGGAGGAUCGACGUUCGUGUUCCCGGAGUUCGCGUCUGCAGAAGAGGUAUCGAUCGACACCUUGUAGCAUCAAUCAACACCAUGUCGUGCAAGCAUCGAUCGACACCGAUGUAG